UUAUUCGUUGAUUUCAUUCCUUGAGCGUCAACUACUCGUAACAGAUCAAAGAUGUCAGGACGUGGUAAAGGAGGCAAGGUGAAGGGAAAGGCCAAGAGCCGAUCAUCCCGUGCCGGACUUCAGUUCCCCGUGGGUCGCAUCCACCGUCUGCUGAGGAAGGGCAACUACGCCGAGAGAGUGGGAGCCGGUGCCCCCGUGUACCUGGCCGCCGUUCUUGAAUACUUGGCCGCCGAAGUCUUGGAGUUGGCAGGCAACGCCGCCCGCGACAACAAGAAGACCAGAAUCAUCCCCCGUCAUCUGCAGCUGGCCAUCCGCAACGACGAGGAGUUGAACAAACUGCUGUCCGGUGUCGCAUAAUUUACGUUCCGGGUAACUUAGCGUUCCGGCCGGAACGCUAAAUACCUAUAAUAUUGGUUCCGGGCUAUAAUAAACGUUCCGGCCCGCGUAAGUUUGGUUCCGGCCAUAAUAAACGUUCCGGGCAUCCAAGCACCCUUUUAAAAACUUUAUUUAUAAUU